AUGGUCCUGAUGCUUCUAAAAUGCGCGCUUGUGGCGUUUGCUGCUGUGGAAGCCGUGCGAUUUGACACUGCAAGCCGCAGUGUGGAGCCGGUGGCAAUCAACACGGUCCAGAAGUGCGGCGACAUGUCUAUGCAUGUUUCGGGAACCUCCGACGAGGACGAAACCAUUGACGAGACUACGUGGUUGGACUCUGACAUUGUCAAUAGUUUCGGCGGUUACCCGAUUUUCCAGCGGCAGACUUCCGAAGGCAGGCGUCUGCAGUAUUAUCUUGGUUGCAAUCACACGGGGCGCGCGGUCCUGUAUUUCGACGAGCUUGAUGACGAUGGGGAGCCUGUGCCCGGCACUUUCGCAGUCCGUCAGCUGGAGAUUGGACAGCCCCUGCGAAUUUACGUGGGCUUGGACGGAGAGGGAGAGGAAGCAGCUGAGUUCUCGUGGAGCCUUCUUAUUCUGGAGACCCUGGUGCAGGGCGUAGUGACCUUCUGGGAGGAUUCUGGAAUCAGGUACAUGGAUUUUAUCGGACCUCCGCCUCCGGGUUCUGCAAUGACAACGACAUCAACACCAAGGACUAUUCAACCGCAGUCCGCGUGGCGCCGAGCAAGGCGCAGGCUAUGGUUCGUCACGACCUCCACUCCAGAACCGGAGCCUGCAGAAGACGCAGAUGAGAGCCCCAGCGAAGCGGACUCGGACAUCGUGAGCGUCCAGACCGGCAGGGUGCAAAAGGCUUUGCAGCUCGAUCCUGGGACCCAGGAGGCUUCGGACACGACAGCUGUGGAUCCUGCUUCUCCCCAUCUUCGUGGCCUCACCUUUUGUCACAGAGGAGUGACCCUGGAAAUCCAGGGCACGAUGGACCGGACGGCCUCCAACAAAUCCGUCCUCAAGCCUGUGCAUCAAAAAGUCAAGGUCCCAGCGUCCUUUUACACCAAGCUGGGGGGCAUGAGGAUCUACACCAAGCAAGCACACGGGCAGCUGGACAAGGUUUACUUCCUGCGCUGUGAUUACACGAACGGCCAGCCCUUCUUGAUCAUGCGCCAGGGCGGUGAUGUGCAGGUCAGGCGCUUCAACAUCAAGUGGUGGAGGACGACAAGCAUUUCUGAAUCGCUUGGGGAGCGGUUGACGCUCCUCGCCGACCCCACCUCCGUCCCCUACCCUGUUGUGAAGGGAUACAUCACCGUCACGCCGGACUAG